AUGCCUUUCGAGAUGGCGCUGGUAGAGAAGAUGCAGAAGGAAUUCCUCUUCGUCAUUUAUAAUUUUGGCAUUGCAACUUCAGAAAUCACCCCUGAAAGCAGUAACUGGUUAAUUGAACUUCAUUUCCUACAAAGAAACUUUGAUAUGUGUAAAAGAGAAAUAGAAGCGCAGGUAAAAGGCACUAGUGGCCUCUGUGCUUUCGUGUUAUUCAUCCAAGGUCUCGUCCAGCGAUUAGAGGGCAAUGUCGAAGGUUCCUUAUCCACGUUCGAGAUCUGUCAUGACUUCCUUCCUCACAAGGCAUUGUAUUUUAAGGAACUUGCUCGGUCUUGUUUCCUGCUUGGCCAGCACCAGCGCGCAAUCACCGUAUAUGACGAAAUUGUAAAACUCAUCCCGAAUGACUGGAGCGUUCAUCAUUGCAAGGCACUUUGUUACCAGCGUCUGAAACAGUAUGCAUCGACAAAUAUGCAGCAAGAGGCAUUCGAGGCCCUUGGAAAGGCACUUAGCUUUAAUCCAAACCACAGGCGUGCCAUUUUUGCAGCAAGUAGUAUCAUUCAGCAGCACGGUGACUACGACGUAGCACUUUCCAAGUACAAAAUAGCUGCUGGGGCGAUCAGUUGUCUCAAACGAGCACAUUAUCUGGCGCCACUGAACUGGAAAAUUGCCUAUAAUUUGGGUCUCGUUUACUUAGAAACUGAGCAGUAUGCGUCAGCAUUCAACUAUCUCAGUGCGGCCGUUAAUUUAUCGGCUAACGAUGCUUCUGUGUUUCUAGCUCUCGCAGGUUGCAUCAACCAACGAGCGGCGAGGUCAGCAGCUAACUUGCCGAGUAUACGACGGACGAGCGACAAAUCAUGCAAAGAGGCGAUGCGAGUCGAGCCGAGCCGAGCCGAGCCCAAUACUACGGAUUUCGCGCAGCAGAUUGGCGUGGCAGUUGAUAUGGCGAACGAGAAAAAGCAGUGCUCUGUCAGACAGAUGCAAAAUGGGCAGGUGAAGACGUACAUUGCUGUAGACGAGGACGACGGAAUAAAACGAAGCCUGAACAUCGAUUACUGCUGUACGGUGCCGGCAUGUUUGAGGAUCGCCGAAAUCGUAAGUACACCUGAUUAUCGUGUGCUUGUGCGGCUGCAAGCGACCUGA